UGCUAAGAAGUAUUUUUCCUCAUAAUUUGUUUUGGGAUGGCAUCAAAAAUAUUUAAACUCAACAAUUAUGGAUUUGGAUCCGAAAAAUACCGAUGAUCUGUCGAACAUUAUGCAGACUGUCAUGGAUAAAUUGCGCCAUAAAAUUAUACCAGGCACCAUUAUGGUUAACCCUGACUUUAGAGUGUACAAAUUAAAAUUAAACCAAAUGAUGGAUAUUUGGUCUAUACAGAUGUUCUGCCCUGUUAUAAAUGUAAUACGAAAUUAUUCUAGCGGUAUCGCGAAAAUUUCGAAGGAGUUUUACGAAUUAAAUCAACAACCAUAUUUUAUACCUGUGACCUACACUUCGGAAACAAACCUCGAGUUUAAUAAAACUUUACCGAAUGUUACUGAGUGUUUAACACAAUCCACUUCAGAGUUGGAAAUUCCUAAUCUCAAUGAAAAUGAAUGGAUCAUCGCUAACAUUCAACAAUCUGGAUACUAUCGCGUCAAUUAUGAUUCUGAAAAUUGGCGAAAAAUUGCCCGUUACUUGAAUUCUGAAAAUUAUACAAAUAUUCAUGUUAUUAAUCGGGCGCAAAUAAUCGAUGACGCAUUCCAUUUCGCAAUGCAAGGGAAAUUGAGUUUUUCCAUAUUCUGGGAUCUCACGAGCUAUUUACCGAGAAAAGAAACAAAUUAUGUAGCAUGGUAUCCUAUGAUCAAAAUUUUUUACAACAUAAUGCAAAUAUUACCAUUUUCAUAUGCGCCACGUAACCUUCCAUAUACAGCGCUAAAGGAAAUACUUUUCCAAAUAAAAAGUUUGUUUGAAGAAAUGAAACUAUAUAAAGACGAUCAAUCGCUACUUUUUUUCGAGGAACGUGACGAACAACAAAAUUAUUUGAACUUAAUACUUUCAAAAUUGGGAUGCAUCAUCCAGGAUUUUCUCUGUUUAAAAAUGGCUGAAGUUCAAUUGGAAUUGCAUCUAAUUAAUAAAAAGAUAAUAAUGCCUGGAUGGUAUGAGUGGACAUAUUGUAAUGGUUUGAGAAGAGCAAACGAUACUCUUUGGGGCCAAGCAUGGAAGGAAGCAACUAAUAAAUAUCUAGCAAAAUCUGAUUAUACAAUGUUUGAAUAUCUCACUUGCAUCGAGCAUCCUCAAAUUCUCCUUCAUUAUCUGAAGUCGGCUUUACCAAAAUUUGAAAAGGAUUUGUUCUUGAAUAGUGAAAAUAAUGAAACGCUACAAGUGAUACAAAAUCAACAGCGUAAAAUUAAAACUAAAAUUUUUUUCUCUACUCUUGCAACACAUGCUAAAAAUAAUAAUAUGCUUAAAGAAAUAUUAUCAAACUUUAAUGAUAUAAAAUUCAGCCAUAUCAAUAGCACUGCAGCAUUUAUUGUGCUUAUUAAUAAUGCCUACUUUAAGGAUCAAAUUGACCAGAUAUUUAAAUACGCAAAAAUAAAUAUGCCACAAUUAUUUUCAUAUAUUGCCAAUAAGACUGUAAAACGUUCAACCCAGAUCGAAGAACAGCUGACAUUUUUUGUAAAUUUGAUUGAAAAAGCCAACCAGAAAUGGUACGGUAAAGUUAACUCAAAUAGCUCAAUUGCGUGAAAUGUAAAUGUAGUAGUAGGUACAUUAUUGAAGAAAACAACAGAUAUAAUACAAACAUAAAAUUUCA